GACCCCAUUUGCGAUGCCUGGACCAUCAAACAAGAGAAGCCUGAAGUUCUUGAAGGGCUUCCUCUGGACACAUGGACGAACUGGACGGCCAGCAUUGGUAGCGUUUUGCAGACCUUCCGCCGAGCUCGACUCGUGAAGCUGGUCGGAGGCCUGAUCGCACUCAUUCUCGGUGGCGCUUGCUUGAUUGUCUUCAUAGCUUCGUUCAUGACGCUGACUGAAGAGGCGACCUGGGUCAGCAUCGUAGCCCUGGGCAUUGCCGUCCUGACGUGUGCGAUCGCUCCAGCCACGUUCUUGAUCCUCACGUGCGUUGAAGAAUCUGCAAAAGCAAAGCUCGAUGAACUGU